UUAACAUAUAUAAUAAAUUAUGGUAAUAUAGGAUUUAAAGAUGUAUUUGGAUUAGGAGUUCUAAUUACAUUGUAUUUACUAUUUAGUCUUAUUUUACUCUUAUAAAUUGAUGCCAAGAGAAGCUGAAAAUUAAAUUUACAUAUUUUUUGCACGUAUUCUAACAAGUAUUUUCACCCUAGCUGCUGGUUCUAGUUCUGCACGAUGAAGAAACGGCAGACAUAUGUUCCAAGUGAAAUCAUCGAAAACAUUCUCCUUCGUCUGCCCGUAAAGUCACUCAUGAGAUUUAAGUGCGUCUCGAAAUCAUGGGAGGCCACAAUCUCCGACCCCGAAUUCAUCGCAAAUCAUCUCCGACAGGCGAAAGAGACGAAGAAGAAGAAGAGCUCCUCCGACGACGACAAGGAUCUACUUUUGUGGGUCGGAAAACGUUCAUUGUUUAUUAUUUUCCCACCGUCCGAUAGUUAUCUACGCGAGAGGCCUCUGACGGUCUUGUGCUACUGCGACGGUUUCGUACUAGUGUGACGUUAUCUUCCCGAUCAUCAAUACAUUUACGUGUUGUGGAAUCCAUCGAGCAGGUCAUACAGAAAAAUCCCGUGCCAACCUCAAAUACAUACACUCGACGGCGAUGAUUAUUAUAAUGAUGUGGCUCAGGGUCUUUAUUACGAUCCACUGAUUAAGGAUUAUAAGAUUGUAGCUACCGAUAUGAAAAGCCGCUACUCGAUUUAUACGAUGGGGAAAAAAUCAUGGUCCCACGAGAUGAAAGAGAUGGAAAUCGAUAUUCCGGGUACGAUGGUAUGUUGUGAUAAGGGGUCCCCCUUUGAAGGUGAUACUUAUUGGGUUUUGAGAACGAGAACUCGCACGUGCCAGAUGGACGAGAAUUUCUUGGUUUGUUUCGAUUCGAAACAAGAGAAGUUUGAGAAGUUCCCUAUGCCAAUUAGAGAAUAUGAUAAUCAAUGCAGGUUCUUUCUUACUUAUUUGGGAGAUCAUAUGUGUUUGGCCUAUCACAAGGCUGAGAAUAAUAAUUUUGUGGAUCGAAGAAUCAAUCAGUUAUGGUUUGUGAAACGAGCUCCUGGCGGUGGAGGAGGUGGUGGUUCGUCGGUGGAGUUUAAGGAGGCUAUGCCGUUUUCAAGCAGUUAUAUCGAGUCUGUAUAUUUGACAAACGAAAACGAGAUUGCACUUGAAGAUGGUUGGAGGAAAUCAUAUACAGCGUACAAGUACAACCUCGUCACAAAGACUUGUGCAGAAAUUAAGGUGACUCCGAAUACAGGGUAUCCUCACUCACCCCUGUAUCUAGAAAACAUGUUUUUCAGCAGCAGCCCAAACAAGACGAGGAAGGACACGGAAGAAUCGACAGCAAGUUAAUUUGCAUUUUGUUUUAUCUAGUUAGGAAUAUGUUUCGCUUUCACAAUUUUUUUUUUUUGAGUGUAUUUAACUUAGGACUCGAGAUCAAACCGAGUAUAUUUUUUAGUAUAUUUAAUCCUAGACAUGAAAAUCCAGAACAAAAACAUUGCAAACUCACAAUCAAGACCGAAUAAAUCAAACCGAUAGAGGCUUCCGAAAUCAAAGAAAAGUCCAAGAAAAUAAAAUUAAAAAAAG